GGAGUUUGUUGUCUCCAUCGAAAUAAAUUAUUCCCAAUACUUUCCGUAAUAAAAUUUUCUGCUUUAGCCAUGAAGAGAGAAAGAGAAAAUGGGCAGAUGGUGGAGCAAUUAGCCAUGGCGAACUGCUUAAUGUUGCUCUCUCACAGCAUUGAAGCCAAGCAGAAAAAGCUUCCGGCAAUGGAGGUUUACGAGUGCAAGACAUGCAAUCGUCAGUUCCCGUCGUUUCAAGCUCUGGGAGGCCACCGAGCAAGCCACAAACGGCCGAGAUCAAUGGGAGGAGAUAAGACCGACGGUGAGAAAAAACCAAAACUGCAUGAGUGUUCGAUAUGUGGACAAGAGUUCCCUUUGGGGCAAGCAUUAGGGGGUCACAUGAGGCGCCACAGAACCGCCAACAUGGCUGAAAGUGCUGUCGUUUCGAAGUUGCCGAUGCUGGUGAGAUCAAAUAGCAGGAGGAUUUUCGGGUUGGACUUGAAUUUGACUCCGUUAGAGAAUGACUUGGAGUUCUUGUUCGGGAACAAGGCCCCUAAGAUAGAUCUGUUGAUUUGAUUUUUGUUAUAUUUUUUUUUUUUCUAAUUAGAGACAUUUUUUCAUUCAUUUAUUUCAUGUACAAGAUGUUGAGAUUUCACUUUUUUUUUUUUUUUUUUUAUGAUUAAUGUAAAGAUUUAACUAUUUUAUUUUUUUGGUAAAUCAAUAUUUUUGAGUUGUUACUUUGACUUUUCACAAUUAUUACUCAUAACGUGUUGCUCACUAUGAGCAUUCAUUCU